AUAAGUGAUAAAAUAAGUUACAAAACCAGCCAGGGACAGGGAGGGCCCAAAUAAACAAAGUAAUCUUAAGUUCUUAACAAAUAAAAGCCCAAAUAUUUAUAAUUUUAUACCUGAUUCCUGAAUCUCAGAACCUGAUACGGUGAGGUGAGCAGUUGAGACUUGAGAGAGGCGGAGAGCAGAGAAUCAGACUGAACAGUGGAGACUGGAGACUAGAGAGAGGCGGAGAGCAGAGACUAGAGAGAAAGAGUGAUAAAAGAGGUCAAAUUACUGACACAGAAGUGGGUGAUACCAUUUGGAAGAAUCUAUUUCAGGGAAAGUUGAUCUCUCUAGAAACAACAAAGUAAAUGAAGAGACACCAAGCAACGAGCGGGAGAUGGGGAAAUCAGAUCUUAACAUUAUGCAAAUCCUCUAGAAAUCAGAUCAAGGUGGCUAAAGGGUUGCCACUUGCCAAUCUGAUUGUGGGAUCCAUGACUGAUGGUGCAACAUGGUGAAGAGAGAAAUUUCUUUUGAAGUAUCCCUAUAUUUUUUGGGUCCAGCUGUGUCGUGAAAUUUAUUUUUUUGGCUGGGUGUGCAUCAGACACAUUUGUACCCGAAUCCGAUUGUUACCCGUGUCAGACACAGGCACUUUGCAAAUUUUUGCCGUGUCCGUGCAUCAAAGAUAUUGACCUGUUUCAGUACUAGAAUCAAAGUCAAUGUUUGCUGUCUGGAUAAGAUGCUAUCCAUAAGAAAACUUAGCAAUCAGAUCACUGCAAGUUCUUCUGUUGUAUGUCUCUUACUUGCUGUGAGCAGUAGCAAUGUAACUCAAGCAUUCAGAUGCCGACCUAAAGCUUGUUGGUGUUGCAGUUUGGUCCGCCAUUUUGGUAGCUCCUAUUUGACCUGUGUGGACAUGCCAACUGUUGUCUUGGGAUUACAGAAUAAAUUUUCCCAUCAACCAAAGUCUUUUACAAUGAUGGCUGGAACAAUAUUGGUUCAGGCUCGAGACCCUGCUAAACUAAGUAUGGAGAUACAAAAUGCAAUUGACGAGGGUAGAUUUAGUGAUACAUGGAAGUUAUAUGAACAGCACAUGCAGAUGGCAGGAUUUCCUAGAAAAUCUGUUGUGCACAAGCUCAUAACCAGUUUUGCUGAAAGCCUUGAUGUUCAAUGGCUCGAGAAAGCUUAUGGAUUAGUAGAACAGGCUUUUGAGGAAGGUAAACAGACCUUAUUCGAAAAGGAGCCACUAAUAUAUCUCUCUUUUUGUCUUGCCAAAUCUGGAUUACCGGUUCCUGCAUCAACAAUAUUAAGAAAGUUGGUGGAACUGGAAGAAUAUCCCCCUGUUACAGCUUGGUCUGCAAUUUUGGCCUACAUGUCACAAACGGCUCCUGGGGCUUACCUUGCUACAGAGCUGAUUCUUGAGAUAGGUUACUUGUUCCAAGAUGAUAGGGUAGAUCCGCGUAAAAAGAGCAAUGCACCUUUGAUUUCUAUGAAACCUACUACUACUGCUGUCAACAUUGCUUUGGCUGGGUGCCUUUUGUUUGGGACAACUAGGAAGGCAGAGCAGCUCCUUGACAUGAUACCUCGAGUUGGUGUCAAAGCCGAUGCGAACUUGUUGAUCACUAUGGCACAUAUAUAUGAGAGAAAUGGGCGAAGAGAAGAGCUAAAGAGGCUGCAAAGAUAUAUUGAUGAAGCUCAUAACUUGAGUGAUAUUCAGUUUCGGCAGUUUUAUAAUUGUUUGCUUUCAUGCCACUUAAAAUUUGGUGAUCUAGAUUCUGCAUCUAGCAUGAUUUUGGAAAUGCUUCGAAAAGCAAAAGAAGCAAGAAAUUCUCUUGCUGUAGCUACACUUGUAUAUGAUGCUGCUGCAAGUGGAAAAAAAUCUCCUCCUAGUUUGGCUUCAGGGCCAAGUUUGAGUCAGAGACAAUUUGAGAUUUUGGAGAAAAAUAAAUUAUUUCAAUAUGAAGAGUUCUCCAAGGACCGACCUUUCUUAAAACUUGAGGCUGAAGCAAAGCGAGUGCUUGGUACUUUGUUAGCUAAGUUGCGGAUGCAAGUUGAAUUAAUUACUACUGAACAUGGAAUUCUUCAACCAACUGAAAUAAUUUAUGUGAAAUUAGUUAAGGCUUUUCUAGAAGUUGGCAAGACCAAGGAGUUGGCAGAAUUUCUUAUCAAGACGGAGAAGGAAGAUUCCCCAGUUUCCAAUGAUAAUUCAGUCUUGGCUCAUGUUAUCAACUCAUGCAUCUCUCUUGGGUGGUUGGAUCAGGCACAUGACCUUAUUGAUGAGAUGCGUUUGGCUGGGGUUCGAACUGGUUCUUCUGUAUAUUCCUCUCUCUUGAAAGCGUAUUGCAAGGUAAACCGGGCAGGGGAAGUAGCUUCACUUUUACGAGAUGCUCGUAAGGCUGGGAUUCAACUAGAUUCCAGCUGUUAUGAGGCAUUGAUGCAGUCUAGAGUGCUUCAAAAGGAUACUCAGGGUGCCCUCCAUCUAUUCAAAGAGAUGAAAGAGGCCAAAAUACCACGCGCUAGCCAUCAAGGUUUUGAGAUGUUAUUUAAGGGAUGUGAAGAGGGUGGUGAGGCAGGGUUGAUGGCAAACCUUUUGCAGGAAAUCAAGGAAGGGCAGAAAAUUGAUAGUGGAGUUCAUGAUUGGAACAAUGUAAUACACUUUUUUUGCAAGAAGAGGUUAAUGCAGGAUGCUGAGAAGGCUCUGGAUAAGAUGAGGAGUCUAGGGCAUGCUCCAAAUGCUCAAACUUUUCAUUCCAUGGUUACUGGGUACGCUGCUAUUGGAGGAAAAUAUGUGGAGGUGACAGAGUUGUGGGGCGAGAUGAAGAGUCUUGCUUCUUCUACCUCAAUGAAGUUUGAUCAGGAACUCCUGGAUUCUGUACUUUAUACAUUUGUCAGGGGUGGAUUUUUUUUUCGAGCAAAUGAAGUCGUGGAGAUGAUGGAAAAAGGGAACAUGUUUGUUGAUAAGUACAAAUACCGAACUCUCUUCUUGAAGUACCAUAAAACACUUUAUAAGGGCAAAACUCCUAAAGUCCAGACAGAAGCCCAAUUUAAAAAGAGAGAAGCAGGAUUGACUUUCAAGAAGUGGGUAGGCUUGUGCUGAGGAAAUUCAUGGCCUAUUGCAUGGCUUUUUGGGCUAUAAUCUGAUGAGAUGUGACAUGAUACAAAUUUUCAAGCAAAUCAAGAUUGAUGUAGCUAUAGUUGGCAGCCUUGUAGGUUUAUUGCCCUCCCUUUUGCAUUA